CACAUGAUACAUUUUGUUUAUAAAAGUGCAAUCGUCGUAAUUUUUCAUUAAUUCAGUGAUCCCCAUUUGUUCAGAGCACAGUAAAUAAAACAUACUUUUAAAAUGUUGUCACCCGAAGAUCAGCAAGUACAAAUAUGCCUACUGAAAUCCAAUUUAGAGGAAAUUGAAAGUAGCUUGGUUGUUCAGCGCGCAGCUCUGCCAGAGCUGGACGAAGAAAAUGAGAAGCAGUACAGAGAGACGAUGGUGGCGCUGAAAGUGUCGCGCGCGCAGAACGAGCAGAUAGAGCGGCUCAAGCAGGAAAAUGUUCGACUAACAGCGAAACGCACUCAGCUGAAACACCAGUGCGAAGGGCUGGCAGAGGCUCUCCAGGCGGCACGCGAGAGUCGAGCCCGGCUAAUCGACUUAAUCAGCGACGAAGAACGCACCGAUGAGAGUAACAUACGCGCCUACGAAGACUCGUUGGGAAAUAAGGCGGAGCGAUUUAGGCAGACUCGGAGUUUCUACGACGAGGAGCAGAUGACGCGGGAAUACGAAGAGGUUAAUAAGACGAACUCCGAGCUUGAGAGCGAAGCGACACGGCGUCAACAAAUCGCUGGCGAGUUGAAGAAGAAACUUGAAACUAUGAAACCGGAGGUUCCUGAUAACUUGCCUGUCGCCAUGGGGAAAAUGGAGCUAGGUGAGAAAUUGAAAUUGCUCAUGAAAAGAAGUGAAGAUCUUCGACUGAAAGUGAAUGGUCUGAAGAAAAAGGAGACUGGCCUUAAUAUUUCAUCGUAAAUAUUUUCAGUGUGGAACCUGUGCAGGCUGUGCAUAAAGCUAUUCAAUUAAUUGUAUAGGUGAUACAUACCCUACUUUAAUUAUCUAUAACCAUAAAUAAUAAAAAUUAAACAU